AUUCACCAUGCCAAGCAAAGGCGUUCAGGUCUAUUCCUAUAUCUCAGUCCCUGGCUACUCUAUCGAGUUUACCGUUCCGGCGCAAGCCGUUACGCACACUAUUGACAACAACUUCUCGAGUACACAUCUCGAGGUUGAGUCUCACAACAUCCCAGGCCACCUCAAUUUUACAGGCCGUUUCGAGUGGAAAGUCGUACGCGAUGGCGAAGUUGUCGGAAGCGCCUACAAUGACAUCAAUACGUUCACGGGUAACCUAGAAGGCGGCACAAUGAUGUCAACCCAACACUUCUCACCCAUUGUGACGGACGACGUAAUCAUCACCUACUGCUUCUACGACGCCGGCCACGGCCACAUCGGCCUCCCAAACCGUGAUCAAUGCUAUGUCACUGUCUGCUCAACAGCAAACAGAUACUGGAUGGGCACCUUCGCCCCCCCAGGCUCGCCACAGGCCCAGAAGCCCUUCACCCGCUUCGUCCUCGCUGCGCCCCACGACAACGGCAUGAACAGCAUGACCACCUGCGACGCCAUCUUCUCCUCGGCCAACAUGGACCUGAUCAGCGAACUCCGCCAAAUCAUCCCCCAAGUCGAAUGGCUCUCGCACAUCUCGGACGCCUUCAUCCUCGAGCACCUCCCCGAAAUCGUCUACGGCACCGCCAUCACGCAAAAGAAGGAAAUAUCCGUCAUGCUCGCCCUGGGCGCGCGCUACUUCGAAUUCCGCCCCGCGCAACUCCUCCCCACCUUCCAGCGCCUAUCCAAACUGCCCAACAAGUUCUACUUCCAGCACGCCUGCAUCCCCGGCAUCGCCUUCGACGACUUCCUCGCGCAGCAGGUCGCCUUCCUCGACGCCAACCCCACCGAGAUCGUGACGCUGCACCUGCGCUACGACAACAUUGUCAAGCAGUGCCGACGGCCCACGACCCAAGAAAUCGCUGACCUGCUGAAUGAAGCGUGCAGCAGGGCGCAGAACGCGCCCCUGACCUGGGGCGACCGCACCCUCUUCGCCCUCCCCAUCGACGCGCUCCGCGCCGCCGGCACGCGCCUCAUCGUCGUCACCGAGGCCGAAAAGUACGACUCGUGGACCGCGAAGGCCUACGCGACGCUCGUGCCGGACCCGAUCCUCGCGCGGUUCGAGGGCAUGACGACGGAAGGACAGGAGAGCACCGAUCUGACGAUUCUGCAGUGCCAGGCGACGAGCCAGAGCAUCAAGGAGGUGAUGGUGUACAGUGUGUUGUCGGCGAAUGCGGCGACGAGUUGUCUGACGAGUACGAAGGCGAGUAAUGAUAUGGUGCUCCUGCCGUGGAUUAGGCAGAAUGUGGUGGAUAGGUUGCGGGCGGAGCGGACAGUGGUAGUGAUGAAUGAUUUUAUUGAUGGCGCGACGUGUGAUACGACGAUUUUGCUUAGUCAGAGGAGGUUGGAGAUGGAGUAGGGGGC